AUGCCACCAAAGGGAAGAGGACGUGGAAAGGGACGUGCCGAAGCUCGUGGAGGAGCUACUACCCGUCAGGGAGCAAGAGCUGCAGCCCGAGAAGCGGUGUCAGAAAGUGUGCAUGAUGGAAACAGUGAGCAAGUGAAUGCCGUUGCAGCUGCAGCAGCCGCUCAGGAAGAUGUUCGAGCUGCCGAACAUGCUGCUGUGUUGGAGGAACUUCAGAGGUACCAAACUCAGUUUGGAAAUUUGGGUGUAGAUCCAGUGGGAGGAGUAGGAGGAGUAGAUGCACCGCCUCAUGAAGCACCGAAUGUUGCUGCUCCGGUCCACCGACCGCCGCCGCCGCCGCCACCUCCAGUGCAAGCUCACGGGUGGCAGAUAACAUAUUGGGAGGCUAUGGGCCAUAUGAAGAGCAUGGUGAGGUGCCCGUUUGAGUACCGUAAGGAUUUGGCGGUUCAGUAUCUGAAGGAGGAGGCACUUGUUUGGUGGGAAGGUGUGACAGAGAAACUGCGCUAUGAGCUGAACUACGAUGACUUCAAGAACGAGUUCAUGAGGAAGUACUUUUCCCGUGAAAUGAUGAACAAGAUCAAUAAUGAGUUCAAGGACAUUUCUCAGGGAAACCGGGAUGUCAGGCAAUAUGAAGCGGAGUUCAACCGGUUGAGAAGGUUUGCGGGCAGGUACUUGGAUGAGGAGGACCUAAUCCGUAGGUUUCUGAAAGGAAUGCGGGUCGAGUUGAGGAACCGCUGCAUGCUUAAGGAAUACAUGUUUCUGGAAGACUUAGUCGAGACGGCUGCACAGCAGGAACUAGGAUUGGAAGAGGAUUUUAAGCAGAAUAAGAGUGUCCAAGCAAAGACUGGGAAGAGGAGCUGGGAUACUGCAAGUGCCGGGCCAUCAACAACCCCUAUUAUUGUGUGCAAAACCUGCGGGAAGAGGCACCUCGGGACUUGCAGGAAUGAUAUCACUUGCUUUAAGUGUAAUCAGCGUGGGCAUUAUCAGAAGGAAUGCCCUGCAAAUGGUCAAGUAAGGGGUUGUUACCGCUGUGGAAAGACUGGUCACAUCGCUAGAGACUGCAUCGUUCGCCUACCAGGCCAGCAGCAAGGAGACCGCAACCGUGAGCAGUUACCGCCACCGCCGAAGAGGCAAGCUGUAGCCCCGCGCGUGUUUGUCGCUGGAGACCACAAUGGCGCUGAACCGAUUGCUGGUAAGUAA